GGGAUGGCAAUACUGUGUUCCUCCUAGUCUAUUCUCUGAAUUAAAAAACUUAACUAGCAAUUAAUGUCUCUUUCCCCCACGUAUUUUUAGAAUGCUGACUCCCAAAUGGCGAGUCCCAAUACUGCCUGCAAUCAGGUUUUGGAUGUUAUAGCGCAGCAAGCUAAGUGUAUUUUCCUUCAAGAUCAGUAAUUGUUUGGAACCUACUUGUCAGUUUUAAAGACAAAAAUAAGUUGGUAGGUCCCUCUAGUAAGACAGUUGGGACCCACUGUGUUAGUGUGCCGUAAGCCUUUAAUCAGUGACCACAGCCAUAUCCUUUGGGCAUAAGCACUUUGCUUGUCAGCAGUUUUCGGUGCUCUAGGAAUAUCAGAGUUGUUGCUGGCCUAUUAGUGAUCUUGGAAAGCGCUGAAGCCAUCCCUUCUGGGGGUGCUGCUGGGGGACCGUUCCUUGGCUUUUGCUGACACUAGCUUGUCUUAAUUCUCUGCUAUAAAUGUGAACUGAUGUUUUAUGCAUUUAACAAACAAGAACAUGGGUUGUGUGGGAGAGGCAUUUAUUAUGCCAUGUAAGUGCUGAUGAUGUGCCUGGUGGGAGGUGGAUGUAAAAACAUCCCUGUCUGGAUGCACAUAGUGACUCCUCUGUCCCUGACACAGUCCUGGCCACACCAGCAGAUUUUCUUCUUGCUUAGGGAAAAACCGUGACUUCUGAACUAUUGCAGACAAGUAGCCAAAGAAUCUGACUGUGAAGGCUUGCGUGUUAUGACGACCCCCAACAAAGGAAACAAAGCCUUGAAGGUGAAGCGGGAGCCAGGUGAGAAUGGGACCAGCUUGACAGAUGAAGAGCUGGUGACCAUGUCUGUGCGGGAGCUGAACCAGCAUCUGCGGGGCUUGUCCAAGGAGGAGAUCAUCCAGCUAAAGCAACGCCGGCGGACCCUGAAGAACAGGGGUUACGCCGCUAGCUGCCGUGUCAAGAGGGUGACACAGAAGGAGGAGCUGGAGAAGCAGAAGGCAGAACUUCAGCAGGAGGUGGAGAAACUGGCCUCGGAGAAUGCCAGCAUGAAAAUGGAACUUGAUGCCCUGCGCUCCAAGUACGAGGCGCUGCAGAACUUCGCCCGGACCGUGGCCCGGAGCCCUGUCACCCCUGCCCGGGGCCCACUUGCCGCCAGCAUGGGGCCCCUUGUGCCCGGCAAGGUUGCCACCACCAGCGUCAUCACAAUAGUGAAAUCCAAAACGGACGCCCGGUCUUAGUGAAACGAGCACUGCCUGGGCUUGUGUGUGCAGGGCAGUUAGGCACAAAGCUCAUCCGGAAUCCCCAAAGCACAACCCUCUCCCAGAUGGCCUAGCCCACACAGGCACACGCUGGCCUGCUUGUCACUGCAGUCCCUUUGUUUUUAGCUUUGUUCUGGUUGGUGUGACUGAUGGUAAUGCAACCCUUCUGUGUGAGCAGAACCUUCCACCCAGAGGUAUUCUGGGGACAGAGACUGAAGGACCUCGGUACUCUAGCCAAAGAGAUUCUCAGCAGCAUGGAAUAAAUUCUUGGGGAGAGAAAUCGCCCAAAGGGGGGAGGGCAGAGGUCAUAGAAAGUUGGAAGACCUGCUGUCAGUGAUGACUUAUACCAUUCUUCCAGGGUUGUGUGUCAGCUGUCCAGUCUGCUGCUUGUAAAUUGCUUGGUAUCAGUGGCUAUAAUGGGGGUAGUUUGUGUAACCAUGUUUAUAUUAACAUCUAGUUGCGCCUUUUAUGUUUAAAGGUGGGAUUCCUUAGGACUUUUCCUAAAAGGGGAGGGAAGGGGCAAAACUGCAGUUUCCUGGUGUCUGUGCUGCUGAGAAGGGAAAGGAGCCAGGAAUGGGCACUGUUGUAGCCUGCCUGUCAGGUAAAAGGCAGGUUGUACCGUGGUGACUACAGGCCGGUUUUGUGCCUAAUGUGUUGCACUGAACAAGACCAAAAUCACUAGUUGUUUCCUGUGUUUGGAGAGUAUCAAGUGUCUCUAGUGUGAUGGUUUACACAAGUCUGUGUGGUUUAAAUAGCCCUUUAUUUAAGAGAGAAACAUUCAUUUGAAAGAAUUCUUAAAUGAUCUAAGUCUCAAAACUAAAACUGGAUGAACAACUUGGAUUUAAUAGUCUCCUUUUUAACCUGAGAGGGUGAGAAUAUUUGACUGUCAUAUUUGACUGGAGACUUUGCUAAUUUAAAAGAAAAGAAAAAGAAAAGAAAAUUUUAAAAGUUUCUCGCUAAGUCUUUGUGGCUCCAAGGUUGUUUUUUAUAAAGAGUUAUCAGACUUUUAUUUAUAAAUAAUGUGGGGGGGGGGAGACAAAAAAAGGCUAGUCCUGUUUGAUAUCUUUUUGCAAUUGUACCAAAAGUGACUUAUUCUUGAACUCCUCACCCGCUUCUUUUGUGCUCCUGUUGUGUUUAGUUGUCUGUGCUCUGAGGUCUUGUGUGGCGCUGUGAUGUGAUGGUGCCAAUGGCCAUCUUUGCUGUGUGGAUGUCCUGUGAGCAUUCUUUUUUUCUUUUUCUUUUCCUGGGCUGAGGGCAGGGCUUUCUUGGCCAUUUCCCAAUGACCUAAUGAUGAUCCUCUCUUUAGAAGGUUUAUCUGUGUCUGAUGGCCUCACUUCCUCGGCUGCUGAAGUCUGAGGUAAAUUGGCUCUUCUAGGGUUUUGCUGAAACUGCAUAAAUCAGGCAUAGGGAAACUCGGCCCUCCAGAUGUUUUGGGACUACAGCUCCCAUCAUCCCUAGCUAAAAGGACCAGUGGUCAGGG